ACGAAGAAGAAGAACUUGAAGAUGAUGAAGAAGACGAUGAUGAAGAUGAUGAUGAUUAUGAUGAUCAUAGUGACGCAUCAAACAACGAUGACAAUGAGGAUGAUGAGGACAAUUGAAUUAAUUAAAUGCUUGUAUUUUGACAUGUUUAUGAUUCACGAUUAUAUAAAAUUAAUUCAUUUAUUUAAUACCAAUUAUGUACUUUGCGUUUAGUUGUCUAUUUAUUUAUAUAUUUUAAAUUACAGUAAUGUCAGCACAGGAGCCUUCACGCCCUGACAAGGGCAAGAUGGUAAAAAGGCUAGGAAGGCGAAGUACAUUAUUAGAGUUCCUUCGACGAUACCAUUUUCAAGUGCUAGUACUUCACCAGACGUUGGCUCACGUCCACCACCCCCUUCUACGAUGCCCUCACCUUUUGUCGGGCCCACACCUCCUACUAUAGGGCCCACACCUUCUUCUAUAGGGCCCACUCCUUCAGUUGUUGGGCCCACAUCUCCUACUGUAGUGCCCACUCCUUCAGUUGUAGGGCCCACACCAUAUAUUCAUCCCUCUCCUAUCCCCACACCAUCUUCUGUACCAUCUCCAGAUGUACACCAGCCAUCUGUUGAUCCUGCUGAUCCUGCUGAUUUGGGUGAUCCUGCUCCUCAUGAUUAACCAUUCAUUGAGCCAUGUGGAAAAGGGUUUCUUCCUUCUAGAGUUGCUUCAUAGGCCAUCAUUAGGUCUUUUAAGCAACAAUUUCUUCAGCCCUAGGCAUCGUGGGGAGUAAUCCCUGAAGAGGACAAAAAACUGAUUUGGGAGAGAUUUAAGAGAUACUCGGAUCACAGGACAACGCCCUCAUUGGGUGGGGGAGCACAUAUGGAAUUCAUUGUUGACGCAUUGGAAUACGCCACAGUACCGCAUUAAAUGUGGUACUGCCCAGAAAAAUAGGGCAUCAGAAAAAGGUGGUGUACUGCAUACUGGAGGAUCCAUCAGUACACAUGAACAUGCAAUUCGUAUGGCAGUGACACUUGGACGGGUUGUUCAUGUUGAUGAGGUCUUUAGACAAACUCAUAUUCGCAAGGGGACUGGCGAAUAUGUUGAUGAAAGGUCUCACAAGACCAUUGAAGAUUUUUUUGCGAGAUUGACACAGGCGAGACCAGAGGGGGGAUCUGGUCCUGAUGGUUACUCUAGAGUAGAUGCAGAUGAAGAAAUGAUCAGGACCCAAUGCUGGGUUGAUACCGUCCGGGGAAAGAAGAAAGGACGACUGUAUGGGGAAGGACAACUUGCCUCUCAUUAUAGUGCUGGAAGAGGAGGCAUAUUCAGACAUCAACCAUCUACCUCUAGCACAUUUGACCCCAACAAUGUCGUUAGUAAAGACGCUUAUGAUUCACUUCUAGCCAGAUUUGAAAAUCUGGAAAAUCUGGUUAGGACGUUGGUACCUCUGCAGGGACAUACUGCCCCAUUAUCAUCCCAGUAGCCAUACCUACCUCAGCAGCCUCCCCAGACCACACCAGUGCAAGACGAUGACUCUGAUGAUCCUGAUGAUUAUGAUGGGUUUUGAUAUUUAGGAACUUUUGAAAAGAUCUAAUUAGGUUUUCUUUUUUAAGAACUUUUUUUUGACAUUAGAAACUUUUCAAACUUUAAAGUGAUAUUAAAGUUAGUCUUUUAUUAUCAAACUUUGUUUUGUAUUUAGGAACUUUUGAAACAUAGA